UCGAAGCAAUGAAGCCUGUAUUUGUCCAGUUGCUGUUUCUCCUCGAAAACCUAUAUUUAAAGCCUUAAAAUGCACAUUAAGUACCCAAGGCAGAAAGGAUUCUUUACUUGGGAAGAACUAGGAUGUCUUGCCAAAGCUCUUGGGUACCAACGAACACUAUUUUACAAGAAUAUCCCACCUGAAUACCAUAAGGAAAAAAUCCCUGGMCUUGAGAUUAAGACAUUGUUGACAAUAAUGGACAUGAAGGCUUUUCAUGGUGAUCUACAUUGUACUUAUAACAUGCACGACGCAAUGUACAACUCAAGGGUUAUUGCAAAAGCACUAGAUAUGCUCUCCAACAAAUAUUUAAGUUUCCAGGAAUUACGGGAAGUAAGAGUUGCCUUCCAGUUAUAUGAGCAUGAUGACAUGUUGGGRCUUAUGAUAAAUGAGCAUGUUUUAAUGAGGACUCUCAAGGCAUGYGGAAGAUCUGUUUCACCAAUCAAAUUAAUGCAACAUAUAAAACACACUGAAACCCAUGCUGAAGACAGACUGAUGUUGUACGAGUUUUUAGAACUGUUGCUUCUAUGUGAAAGGGACUCUGAUGUYAACAUUUUAGAGACUCCUCAUGUUUCUGGCGUUGAUCCUAGGAGCAACCUGUACAAGAUAUGUGAUUUUAAAUCUAUCCUGGUGCCUGAUGAUGAAAAGAAGAUUUCUCAACUAAACAGCAUAUAUGAGCAAAGUCUUUCAAAACCCCAUCUAAGCAACUAUGGACAGAACAGACAAGACGACCAACAAGAGAACCAAGACGUGCACAACGCGAGCACUAAAAUCCAGAAUUUAAACUGGGACAUCGAAACACAGACGGUUAGGUUAAAGAGAAAGUCAGACAAAUACUUGCAGGAAAAGUACCCAGAUCAAUACCAAAUAAUAAGACAGCGAUAUGAAGAAAGAAAACCAAAAAGUCCAUUCACAAAACGAGAGAUACUAAAUGAAGCUCCAAAGAUUUCGUCAAAAGAAAGGCCCUUCGAGCUCACAGAAGUCAAAUAUUCUCCAAGAAAGCGAAACCCUACAAGAGACACAAUUUACACRGCSCUCAAAUCACGWUUGGAAGAAAAAGACACACUUCUAGACUUCGGAGACGUUUCUGUGCCAYACUCGCCCUUUUCUGAAUUCUUAUCUAAACAAUUACAGCGAAAAAGAGAUCAMAAAAUGCACCAAWCUUCUCACGAUGGACCACGAACUCUGAAGGUGGAGAACCUGGGYACUCUUCCUGGUGAAGAAGACCUCAGAAGCAAAGAACUCCACAGUGAUGGAGAAGUACUCGAUUUGUUGGAGAAAUUCCAAGAAGCCGACUUUGUAGCKACAGGACGCAAGUUUUUUGGCGAUAAAGAUGGUUCUUGGAAAAAUACGACUCUUGUAUGAGUGCUUUGGAUUGAUAAAGAUUUUCGUUGUAUAGAUUUUAUCGGCUGGAUAUAUAAGUAUUUAUUCUAUGGAUAGCGCAAUUCACCCUUCGUUCAACCGGCUCCCGAACUGCACUAAACACAUAUUUCACGAAUAUAACUGCGGUCUGGCAAACGCGAAGCAUUAAAAGAUGCCAACAGGCAAGAAAACUGUAAAAUAAACUCCUUCACGGUUCCCUGCGCCAUAAUGAAAGCUAGUAGCCGUACCUAUCGAAGCGAGAGGACCAUUGCUCGCUCUUGUGAUGAUAAAAACCUUCUUUGACACCUAGAGGCAAUUAUUUACUGGUGCCAUGAUUGCACGCUCAACCUUCUCAAUUAGAUGCAAAGGCAGAUCUAGCCGGCUUUUGACGAGAUGGCGCAGGAAAACCCGUAAAGGGAUCUAUUGUAGACAUUCAGAUAUGUCAGUCAUACCAGCGUGCAAAAGAAGCCAUGUGGUCAAGUACAAAAGUUAAUGCAUUUUUGGAAUGUAUUUUGUCAUUUAUUUAUCUUCACGAUCAUUUGUUGCUGUGUCAUUCUUUCUCUACACCUGCAAUUGAUGAAUAAAGAUUCAAGAAAUU